GCGCAGCCUCAAAAAGGGCGUGUUCGCCCCGGCAACAAGCGGGAUGCUUGUCCUCUCAUCGCCCGUAUUUCUUCAUCCGCCUCCUUCUCCAGCCCCCCUUUUCCCUUCCCCCCCCCCAUCAAUUCCCUCGCUGAAAAUCCUCCAAAAUGGCCAUUGGUGACGUGCCCCUCGUUCCUCCUUCCACCGCCGUCCUCGUUGCUUUCGUCAACAUCUUUGCUCCUGGCAUCGGUACCCUCAUCCUCGGCUUCUCCCGAAACAACAGCGAUGUCGUUCUGACCGGCAUCCUCCAGCUCCUGGCCACCUUCCUGGUCUUUGGCUGGAUCUGGGCCAUCGUCUGGUCCUGGUUCCUCUACACCAAGUCCAAGAACGUCAUUGAGCUUCUGUAAAUGCCCUCUGGGCUCCCCCCCCUCCCCACGUCUUGUUUUCACUCUCCUCCGUCUCAAGGAACCACAUAUUCAAUCACCCGUGCGGCCCAGCCUGUCUGUCUACCUCGUAUCGUCUCUCUCUCUUUCUCUCUGUCUUGAACUCGAUAGCAAGUGCGCAACCUGACCAAACGUGGGUUUGAAUACAGCUUCUUCCGUGACCAA